CUUUAUCUUCGACCCCGUUGGCAUGAUGUUAAGUCGACUAGCCUCCCGGGCCCUCGUUAUUGUUCCUCGUGUUCGUAACUACAGCAGUCCGCUCGACCUUGGCGUUCCGAAAGCGUCUAAGGUGUGGGAUAAUGUUGAUGAUGCCGUCAAGGACGUCAGGUCUGGAGAAGUUCUGCUGAGUGGAGGCUUUGGUCUUUGUGGAACACCCGAUACUUUGAUCGAGGCUCUGUCGCGCCGUCCUCAGGUUAGGGAUCUUACGGCGGUCUCUAAUAAUGCUGGGGUUGGCAAGCGUGGCCUGGGCCUCUUGUUGCAUACCGGCCAAAUCAGCAAAAUGAUUGCAUCCUAUAUCGGCACGAACAAACAUUUCGAGUCUUUGUACUUGGCCGGGAAGAUAGGGCUGGAACUUACUCCACAAGGUACUAUUGCGGAACGUUUGCGUGCACAUGCAGCAGGCAUUCCCGCCUUCUAUACACCGACUGGUGCAUCUACGGCCGUGGAACAUGGAACCAUUCCGAUGCGGUACAAGGCAGGAGGCUUCAAGGAAGGCGUUCUUGAUGAGGGACGAAAGCGAGAAUCUCGAGAAUUCAACGGCCGGAAGUACAUAAUGGAAACCGCAUUGGCUGGUGAUGUGGCGUUUGUGCACGUUUGGAAGGCAGACGAAUCCGGAAACUGCGUUUUUCGUUACACGGCAAACAAUUUCAGCAGUGUGAUGGCCCGAAAUGCUAAGCUGACUAUUGUUGAAGCAGAACAUAUUGUUCCUGUGGGAUCUCUGGAUCCCAAUGCCAUUCAUCUACCUGGUAUAUAUGUCAAUCGCAUUGUUCAGGCGUCAGCCCCCAAACAGAUAGAAUUCAAGACGCUAUCACCUUCGACAUCAGCGGCUGCGUCUGUUUCGGCUGCAGCUGUAGAGGAACCUACUGAGGCCCAGAAACGACGUGAUCGGAUUGUCGUUCGAGCGGCAAAGGAACUGAGGAACGGCGAUUACGUCAAUCUUGGCGUCGGCAUGCCUACUCUCGUACCAGGACAUCUUCCACCUGGAGUUUCUGUAUGGUUGCAGAGUGAAAACGGCAUAUUAGGCAUGGGUCCUUACCCAACCGAAGAGACGCUUGACGCGGAUAUAAUCAACGCAGGAAAGGAAACCGUGACUUUAUUACCUGGUGCCUCAGUGUUCGAUUCGACAGAAUCAUUCGCCAUGAUCCGAGGAGGGCACAUCGAUGUCUCAAUGUUGGGCGCCAUGCAAGUCUCACAGAACGGCGAUAUUGCAAAUUAUAUGAUCCCAGGGAAGAUGGUUAAAGGUAUGGGUGGUGCCAUGGAUCUCGUAUCGAACCCCGAUGGUACCAAGGUGGUGGUAGUGAUGGAUCACACUGCGAAAGAUGGCUCUCACAAAAUACUGGCAGAAUGUGAUCUACCUUUGACUGGGGCGAGAUGUGUGAGCAAGAUUAUCACUGAUUUGGCUGUAUUCGAGGUCGAUCGGAAGGCGGGUGGACUGACGUUACUUGAGCUGGCGGAGGGCGCUACGCUCGACGAAGUCAAAGCGAAGACGGGCUGUGAUUUCAAAAUUGCACCUAGGAUAUCGUAGACAGAACUGGUAGCACGUGCAGCUCGGAAUUUCCCACAGGCAAUGACCAC